AUGGCGGUCACGGCGUUUGAUAUGGAGGACGAGAAGGACGAGGGCCACUUUGACGCGGACGGGAACUUCGUGUGGGACGACGAGGCCAGGAAGCAGGAAGAAGCGUGGCUCGAAGACGUGUCGGAGCAGCAGAUCGGCGCCGCGAAACACGCCAAGAGCCGCCGCGAGUUUCGCGACGAGCAGACGGAAGAGACGCUAACGGUCGAGACAGCGACUCAGACGCUCGCGACGUUGUUAAGGCCCCGUGAGACGGUGUUGCAGGCGCUCAGGCGUCUCGGUACGAAGAAGAAGAAACAGACGAAGAAGAAGGAGACGGAGAAGAAGGAGACGGAGAAGAAGGAGACGGAGAAGAAGGAGACGGAGAAGGCGCGUGCUCGAGUCGGGUCCAAGCGCAAGCAGAGGAACGAGACUGAAGAGGCCGCGAGGCCGACGGCAGAAGAGAAGGCGCAGUUUGAUCGGAUUACAGAGGCAGCAGAUUUUCUCUUGCGAUCGGGAGAAGUGGACGCGUACAGUCAGGUGAAGGAGGAGUUUAUCUCGGACGAGGAGCUACUGGCGCAGCGAAGACGGGUGCAGUUUGUUGAUACGGACAAAAGCGAAGAGGCGAGUGAGGACGUUCGGUCCAAGCAGGAAGCGAUCAUGUGGGAGUACAGAGCUGCUGAUGGACAGAUCCACGGACCUUUCCCAACGUCUAGCUAUGUGGCUUGGCGGCAGCAGGGUUACUUCACUGGAGAGACUGCUGUCGACGUGCGGCAAGUACUGUGCGCUAGUGACGCUAGUGCCGUUCUGGAGCCAGCAACAAAGAAGAAGUUGAAGCAGCAAGAGGAUGGAAAGGUUUCAGCUGAGCAAGAGAUGCUUGACGAUUUCGAGGACAGCGACAAUGGAGACGACACUCCGUCUGCUGAAGAUGACAAAGCAGAGGCAAACGAAAAGCCAUGGAUGCGAUCCGACACGAUCGACUUUUCCUUAUACUAA